AUGGCGGGAAGGUACCCAUAUCCCCCUUGUUACAUGAUCCCUAGAUGCCAUGAUCGUGAAUGUUGUGGUCAAAGCAGGUACAGAGUUGACUGGCCCGGCCUAGUCGGUAAGCCGGCUGAGGAAGCUAAGGCUGUUAUCGGUCGGGAUAACCCUAUCGUCACUGUUGUUAUCUUGCCCCAAAGUGCGAGCGCGCCUGCUGAUUUUUGCUGCAACCGUGUUUGGCUAAGGGUUGGCGACAACACUGGUCGUGUUCUUAAUGUGCCAGUGGUCGGGUAG